UUGUCCUUUGUUUUAAUUCAGCAAAGGAUUAAAGGGGUCGGUGCGGUGCGUAGGUUGAAUUAAGAGCACAAUCUCCCCUUUUUCUUCUUCUUUUUUUUUUCUUUUUUUUGGGCUUCCUUCAAUUCUGUCUUGUUUCAGUUAAAGCAACUGAAGAUUUUGGGGCCUUUUUUUUUUGUUGUUGUUGCUGUGAAACGGUGUCGUUGGUGGUGGAGUUGUUUCAUGAUAUGAACGAGAAGUGGUGUAGAGAGAGAAGAUAGAGAUGAGAAAUAGUUCAAAAUUUGGUUCAAUCAGUGGCUCUGAUUCCAUAAUAGAUGCGAAGCUUGAACAGCAUCAGAUGUGUGGAUCUAAACACUGCCCUGGCUGUGGACACAAGCUUGAAGGAAGGCCGGAUUGGGUAGGUCUACCAGCAGGAGUGAAAUUUGAUCCGACAGAUCAAGAAUUGAUCGAACACCUGGAAGCAAAAGUUAAGGCCAAAGACAUGAAAUCUCAUCCGUUGAUUGAUGAGUUCAUUCCCACGAUUGAAGGAGAAGAUGGAAUUUGCUAUACCCAUCCUGAGAAACUUCCUGGAGUUUCGAGGGAUGGAUUGAGCAGGCAUUUUUUCCAUAGGCCAUCGAAGGCUUACACGACCGGGACGCGAAAACGAAGGAAGAUCCAGACGGAAUGUGACUUGCAGGGCGGCGAAACGCGGUGGCACAAGACGGGGAAAACGAGGCCGGUGAUGGCGAACGGGAAGCAAAAGGGGUGCAAGAAAAUCCUAGUCUUGUACACGAACUUUGGAAAAAACCGAAAACCCGAAAAAACCAACUGGGUGAUGCACCAGUACCAUUUGGGGCAGCAUGAGGAGGAGAAGGAAGGAGAAUUGGUAGUGUCUAAGAUAUUUUACCAGACGCAGCCCCGACAGUGCAACUGGUCGGAGAGAAGCGUCGCAGCGGCGGAGGGAAGUUUCGAGGUUCCUAAUAUGGGGAGACGGGAGAGUACUACGGCGAGUGCUCCGACGGACGAGAUUUUGUCGCCGGCCGGCGGCGUUGGAGCCUCAAUUUCCAGCUUUAGUUCGUUGGAUAUUCAACACCACCUCAAAUCUGACCAUUUUGGAUUUGCUCCUUUCAGAACAAGCUUUGAUGAGUCCGUUUUGUCGCAGAUGGGGAUGGAGGAGGCUUCAACAGAAAGAAAAAUGGCGAAGGCUCCAACAGGGACAGGCGCAUGCAGUAGCAACGCUGAAUUUGAGAUGCGAGAGCAGAGCAGUAGAGCAGCAGCAGCAGGUGUGGAAUUGGAUCACCAGCAUCAUCAUCAUCAGAGCCUGAUGGUGGCCCACGACCAUCACCGUCAUUCAGUUGUUCACCAUCACCUACCAACCACAGGCUUCCACGUCACCCACCAAAUCUCCACCAUCAUCUCUCCUCCUCCUCCUCCUCUUCUCCACCACACCUCCAUCGUCGAUUCAUACCAUGACCAUCAUUCUCGGAUCAUCAUCCACAACGAACAACACUUUCAGCAGGAAGCAGCUGAAGCUGAGCAUCAUAAAUUGGGAGCAAGGUCGGCGUCAGGCUUGGAAGAACUCAUCAUGGGCUGCACUUCUUCUAAUUCUUCCAUCAAACAACCUCUACCUCAGGAAUCAUCCAUGAAUAGCCGCGAGACAGAAUGGAUGAAGUAUUCUUCGUUCUGGCCAGACCCAGACAACCCGAAUAUCCACGGGCACGGAUAGUCCGAAAACCAGAUAUAUCAUAAUCAUCGUCCUCAUCAUUGGUACUUCGAACCCCACCUCUGAAUUUAUUUAUAUAUUUCUUCUCGUGGGCCAAAGGAAAAAACCACCGAAAACCCAUGGAUCGCCCCGUUUCCCCCUUCUCGGAUCCUGACAAACCCGGCUCUCUCCUUCCACUCCCUAUUGGAUAUAUAUUGAUCAUCCUUUCACACAAGAGAGUAAAAAAAGGGGAAAAAAUAGGAGAGGGAGAGAGAGGGGAGGGAAUGGAAUAAGAGAGAGAAGAGAGAGAAAGUAAAACUAUGCAUAUAUUAUAUAUUAUAAUAUUUAUAUAUACACAUACAUACAUGAAUAGCUACAUGAAAUUAAAGUUGUCACUCAUAUGA